AUGGGGGAUUUUCUGGGCCUGGCAAUGCAGCACAACCGCACGCUGGUCGCCCUGCCUGGCAGCUACGGGCCCGCUCUCAACAGUGAUUGCAAGGAUUUGAACCAAACGGGCGAGUGGACGUGCUUCUUCUUCCCCCUCGCUCACCCCGCCUGCUCCUCCCUCAUCUCCCACCUACAAGCCAACGCAGCGGCAGCGGUUGUGAGCCGAUGGGGCUAUCCCCAUAAGCAGCGACCCGUUAUGGUGGAUAGGCAGGGCGCACUGUACACCAUGUCGGACGAGAAAGCUCAGCUUCACUGGUGGCGAUCCCAAGCCACUCGCUUCUUCCUCCGCUGGCCCUCCCUCCACCUCUGCCACGUCAUCAACCGCGAGCGCCACAUCAGCACUGGCCUCCACGUCGCUGCCAGCCUGGCACCCACCAUCGCCGCCCAAGCCUCUCUCCUCCACUCCCUCUCAUCCGGGUCUGUUCCCGGCACGACUGCUGCUACCAAUACAACGUUUGCAGUCCGCAUCAACGCUAUGGGAAGGCUGUGUGGGGCCACAAUGAUGGCUAACACAACAGUAGAUGAGCUUAUAGCGAGUACAGGAAGGGGCGAGCUGUUGACUCUAGACGCGGUGACUAUAGCGCUGGGCGGGGAACCCUACCUGCCUCGUCCAAUGGCAGCUGUACACGUCAGCAGAGGGGAUGAGGCAAGGACUGAAGGGGCAGGAGAAACGGCAGGAGGAGCGGCAGGAAAAACAGUAGGAAAGUCGGGAGAUCAACUGAUGGCAGCAGUAUCGCAAGCAUUGCAGCGGCUGCAGUGGCUGAGUCCCGACCUGAGGAGAGUGUGGCUGUCUGGAGAUGCACGUGGGACGGCGCCCAUACAGCAGCAUUUGGAGGAGCGUGAUUGGGCCCUCCUACACUCCACUCUCACCCGCAACCCACCAACACUGCUGCCUGCUGCUGAUGCUGCAGCCGAUGCAGCAGGAGCAGGAGGAGGGGAAAGAGAUGGAUUGGAAAGUUUGGCCUCAGCAGCAGCAGGAGCAGAGGCGUUGCCAGAAGCAGCAGUUGUGUUUGCUGACCUGCUGACAUCGUCCCUCACAGAUUUCCUCAUUGCUGACAUCAGCACGGAAUCUGGCGACUUUAUUCACGAGCUUAGGUGCACCAACGGCCGACUCUUCUCCCCCGUGUGUGAUUUGAGUCUGACAUGA